AUGAUGGUGAAGUGUAUUUCGCUGGUUGCUUUGUCUAUAGCUAUUUCAGCAACAUCUGGUCUUCAGUAUGGAGAAAUUUGUGAUUCAAGCCCCAUCUAUUCGGCAACAUGGCAAUACGACGAUUCAUGUGCCAAUGUUUACUUGUUCUGCGACGCAUCUCGCAACAACACUUGCAACUACAAAGGCUGCUCCAAUACGGAUUAUAUUCAAGGAUGGAAUGAAAUAGCCUUCAAGUUUCCCGCUCGAUGCAGCAAUCAAAUGUAUUGCCCUGACAGCGGAUCACAGUGCACUCCACUUGUGCCAGUGGGUGGGCAUUGCGAACUGCAAAGAGACGAUGAAUGUGCAGGAAAAGAAUCCAUCUGCUUGAACUCUACAUGCUUCAUCAAAGGAGCACCUUUAGGUGGUAAUUGUGGCUCAGAUAGGACAGACUAUGUAUCUUAUGAUGCCAAAGGACUAGCAGUUCAGCAAACAAUCAUUCGAGAUAACUGCACCGAAGGCACUUGGUGUGACAAUCACAUUUGUACAUCAUCGCAUGCUUUAGGAGCCAACUGCUGGCAAGACCGAGAAUGUAUCACUGGCUAUUGCACAGAUGACGGCAUAUGCAUCAAUGGCCCUGAUGUCUUUCACAGCAUUGCCGGCUGGCUAUGGGCCGUAUUGGGUGUUUCAGUGCUCGUAUUUGUGAUUGUUAUACUGGGAUUUCUAUGGAUAUUGCAUCGAUAUCAAUCCAGAAAAGAGCAUGAAAAGGCGGCCAAAUUCUUUGGCGACAAUGAUGAGUUUUUCAAAAAGUAUCAAAUGAUGCAGCAGGAGGAUACGACGUCUACCUCUCAAUUAGUCGAGCAACAGCAACAGCAGCUCAAUAGCCGUGCCAGUGUAGUCUACCUUACCACGCCAGAUUACAAUGCAUCUGCCGCACUGGGCACCACAAGGCCCCUCAGUUGGCGACAUUCAAGCAAUUUAAACAGAUGA